AUGUAUCCCAGAAUCAAAACUCCCGACGUCAUGAUUAACGACAUCAUGACGCUCACUGUCUGUGCCCAGUUGCAGAUCCGUUACGUCUGUGGUCACUCGACCGGUGGCGAGUUCGUUAAAUGUCAACGGCACAUGAGAAAAGAGGAUGAACGCUGCGUUAGCCGUCAAAUCCGGCACAUCGAUGUCAAGCAUUCAACACACAAAUGUCGCCUAUGCCUGCGCAGCGAAUGA